GUUAAAGGAUGUGGUGUAGACUUGGUGUUUCUUUUGGAUUCUUCCGAAAGUUUGGAUCAAAUUCAUAUGCAACAUGUCAACUGGACUACACAAAUAAUUAAUGCCUUGAUGUCUGAUACCGAUCAAUUGCAUGUUGCCCUGAUUCAGUAUACUGAGACACCAACUGUUGAAUUUUCUCUUGGUACUUAUCAAAAUGCACAUGAAAUUAUUGACCAUAUCAUGGCAAUCCAGUUUCAAUCUGGUGGUACCCAGACUGGUAAAGCACUUUUGACAGCAAAGGCUGAAUUGUUCAGUGAGGAAAAAGGAGCCAGACCAAACGCCAGGAAAAUCAUUGUUCUUUUUACGGAUGGAUUAUCUACUGAUGAUCCGAUAAAACACGCCCACGAGCUGCGUGAGAUUGGUAAUGUACAGAUCUUUGUGGUAAGCGUUGGAUCUGAUGGUUUCGAGUCUGAAAUGAAUCGUAUUGCUGGAACAACAUCAAAUGUCUUUGGGUUUGCUAAUUUCUUUCUGCCACAAGAAUUCUUACGAUUAUUAGAGGCUUUGAAAUUUGAAGUGGAAGAGGCUGAUAAUUGUAUGCUUGAAUUAAACUUAGAAGCAUCUACGACAACCGUGAGAACAGAAUCAGUAACACAAGCAGAAUUAUCACCUUCAAUACAUUUAAAAACACACACUUUUACUGUAGCACAGCUUAAGUCACAAGACUUACUAACGAAUAAUACUUUACUGAAACACAAAAUCGAAAAAAAUCCUGAGAAAAAUGUGCCUUUAUCAGAACAUUUUCUUUUACAUCUUUGUAGAAGAAAUACUCAAAUUAUCUUAUUCACUAAUAGAUCUAUUGCAUUACAAAUUACCUUUUUAUUUUUUGUUGUUUGGCUGCGUCCUCUUCAAUAUAAUUUCCUUAUCAGCUGCAUAACAACUAUCAAUUUGAGAUUUACAACGGCAUCACACAUUUCAACAAAAACUAUACCAAAAUUGCGAAAACCGUUUCCGGUUGGCAGUAUUGAAAGGAGUCAGGAACAUAAAAUAUGUUUGUCUAUCUCUUCAGGACAAUGUCCACGAGAAAUUUUGUUCAUUGUUGACAGUUCUGGAUCAGUGCAAAGAAUUUAUGAUCAGCAAAAAGACUACAUCCUCUCACUACUCAAUGAAUUAGUUGCUCUGGUUCAAUUUGCUGGCAGUUCACACCAGAAAGUUGAAUGGACGUUUGAUACAUAUAAUAAUGCACGCCAGAUUGAGGAAGCUCUCGCACAAGUCCGACAUUUUACUGGAACAACAUAUAUUGGUCGGGCAUUAGAAGCUUCAAUCAACGUCUUGGGAACUCGCCGACGUGGUACACCUACCAUCGUAAUACUUAUGAGCGAUGGUUUUUCGCAAGAUGACGCCAGCAAGCCAGCAGAAGAAAUCCGCCAAAUGUCAAAAGUUGACUUCUAUGCUGUCAGUAUGUCAAAACUUAAUAAUUUCGAAUACUUGGCUAAACUAACAGAUGACCCAUCAAAGGUAUACAUUGGACAACGAGGUGAAGACUUGAAACAAGAGUUGAUAAAAACAAUCCGCUGUAGAACGUGA